CCGGAAGCCGAGCUGUCCGGAAGAAUCAGCCUCUCGCCCUAUGAGGAGGAGGCAGCGAGGACGGUUGCGCGGCGACAACCUGCGCGGGUUUGCUGGAAUCGCGGCGGCGGCGGCGACUGGGGGCUCUGUUCCACUGCAAUCAUGUCGAUUAUGUCCUACAAUGGCGGGGCCGUCAUGGCCAUGAAAGGGAAGAACUGUGUGGCCAUCGCGGCGGACAGGCGCUUCGGGAUUCAGGCCCAGAUGGUGACCACAGACUUCCAGAAGAUCUUCCCCAUGGGAGACCGUCUGUACAUCGGCCUGGCAGGGCUCGCCACGGACGUCCAGACCGUUGCCCAGCGCCUCAAGUUCCGGCUGAACCUCUACGAGCUGAAGGAAGGUCGGCAGAUCAAGCCCUACACGCUCAUGAGCAUGGUGGCCAACCUCCUGUAUGAGAAACGGUUUGGCCCGUACUACACGGAGCCCGUCAUUGCUGGGUUGGACCCAAAGACCUUCAAGCCAUUCAUUUGCUCUCUGGACCUCAUCGGCUGCCCCAUGGUGACUGACGACUUUGUGGUCAGUGGCACCUGCGCUGAGCAAAUGUACGGGAUGUGCGAGUCCCUCUGGGAGCCCAACAUGGAUCCGGAACACUUAUUUGAAACCAUCUCCCAAGCCAUGCUGAAUGCUGUGGACCGGGACGCGGUGUCCGGGAUGGGAGUCGUCGUCCACAUCAUCGAGAAGGACAAAAUCACCACCCGGACACUGAAGGCCCGAAUGGACUAACUGCACCUCUUCCGAGCCCGGUACCCAUUUCUCUCUCCCUUCUGGAAAAGCCCAGUGUCUUGUUUUGUUGUUUUUAAUUAAAUACGUUUUUCUUUCA